AUGGGCUCCCUGAGCUCAACGUACCAGAUUAAUGGUCGCCUCAAUAACCUGAUGGAGGAUCUACAAAUCAUUCCUUCGCAGAACUCCAUACAUGUCGCAAUGGACAUGGAGUGGUCAGUGGAUCGAUCCAAUGGAAUACAUGGUCGAGUUGCACUUAUCACUGUUGCAUAUCAACGUUAUAUCUACCUUAUUCCGGUUGCAAAAUAUGUUGAAAAUAAUUUCCUGAAAUUACCCUAUACAUUACUCGUCUUGUUACGCAGCCCUCAGGUGCACAAGGUCGGCGUACACAUCAAGGCUGACUUUACACGACUCUAUAAGGACUGCGAAUUCGACCCAACAAAAGGCGAUACACCAUUUGUGGGUGCAGUGGAACUUGGUGCAAUGGCAAAAGAACGUAAACUGACUGAACUGGCCAAUGUUAGCCUCACAGAUCUCAUGUCAAUAGUUCUCCACCGCUAUCUACUGAAGGAUGAAUCUAUUCGGGUUAGCACUGCAUGGGAUAAUCCAGAACUGACUCCGGAGCAGGUCAGCUAUGCAUCUCUGGAUGUGUAUGCAGCAUGGUCCAUCUUCGAGACAUUCUCCACUGUGUCUGUAGGUCAAGCCGUGACAGAUGCCACGUCGGCCGGUACAAAGGUCAAGUUGAUGUCCCGUGACCGCAAUUCCAUUGUGGCGUAUGGUAUCAUCACCCCAGAUCGGCCCAAAAAGUUCAACAGUGUCAAUGUAUCAAAAACUCGAGUUAUCGUGAACAUUACUGCUAUCCUGCAGUUGGGUUAUCUUGUCCGUGCGGAUUUAUUGAGCUCAAAGGUGGAUAUUCCAAUCACUCAGUUUGGCAACUCCGGGCUACCAUUUCAGCUCCUUUGCUACAUGAAGGACCUGCAGACUUGCAGCAACAAUGACGACAUGCUGGAACCUCCCAUACCAUCCCAGACAGCUCCACUUCCCGUGCUACCCUUUGUCCCAUCCAAAUCAACAUAUGAACCCACCCAAGAUGCCUCUGGCAGCUUGGAGGAUUGUAGCCCUGUCACUGGAUCAAAUGGACCAUGUGGCGAGAAUUCGGACUUCUAUUCUUGGCACAAUGACUUAGAUUUUGAUCCGGACGUCGAAGGCAGUGCUCAAGAUGCUGAACACGACCCCUCUGCUGCUCGACAUGCUGAGCAUCUUCUUAACACCAUGCCUGCACUGGGUGAAUAUGAAGCCCAGACCAUUCGAUCAUGGGUUCUUGGAGAUAUCUGGCACCUCAUGGACCAGUUCAAGAUUCCUCUUCAUCACGGUAUGCGUCGUCCGUUCGCACGUGCACUGCACGAUGCACUCCUCCUUCCAGAUCCUAAUGAUAAGAGUGCUAUCGAGGAAGUACUGUCAAGUCGAGGUAUCACCUGGGAUCAGAUGGUCCUGUGGAAGUCUGAUUGGGUCUGGCAGCGUGUGAGACGCCUUGUCCCUCCACCUGAGAUCUUACUGCAGCGUGUCACUGAUGUCUUCGAUGCCUGCAGACCAGCAGUUGAUGCAACAACAAGACAGCCCUUGUUCAAUGAAGCUUCAUGGGAGAAGGCUCGGAAUGUUCUCGAAAACAUUAGGCUCAGAUACUACUCAGAUCCUCCGGGUGUGAAGAUGUACAUCAUCGAUCGGACAGAUGGUGAUGGACUUACCGUCUACAGAUGCAUCCGAGGCACUAACAAUGUCGAAGGCGAUCAGACUGCUGAUGCAUUUGUCCCCAUGGCUUCGAGAGGAUCUUUGACUGGCUGGAUCAACGGUGAUGACUACGAGCAGACCAAUGAGAAUUUUGGUAUCCUUCCCUUAUCAUCUUCGGCCCGCAAGAGACUUGCGAUGCAGGAGUAUGAUGCCGAGUUUGCGAAGAAGGAGAAGAUUCGACAUCAACAUCUAGCGAUGCAGCAGCGCACUCAAAUCCCCAUUCUUCCUCUGCACACAGCAGAAGAGCGCGCCUUGUACCGCAUGCUCGUGAAGCAGCCUGGUGGCCACUUUGCGGGAAAGACACAGCCAAAUUGGGUUUCACUUGCGAGGGACUGGUCGCGCUACUGCAACGGUGUUCACGUCUUCUAUAAGCUUCCGGAGCACCUGAAGAACUAUCACAAGACCUGGAAUGAGAUCCGCAAUAAGGAAAACUCGGUCGAGCAGCACAAGGAUGCUUACAUCCGAAUUCAAAAUGCACUAGUAGCCCCUCCCAUUUCCAUCUCAACAAUACCGACAUGA